AUGAAGAGUUGCAUUGUCAACGUGAAUGCCUUACUCUCUAAUAUCAUUGAGACUCGUGAUUCUCUAAUCAUGAUCACUGUCAAGAAGCAUCUGGCUGAUAAACUUAGGCCUAUGUCUGCGAUGCUCAACAUUCUUAAGGGUGUUUCGGAGUCUAACAUACUUCCAAAACAAGGGGAGAACAAGUCAAAUCUUCUGGUGUUGAAAAGUCAACUGAUUAUAUUUCCUCUGUGGACUUUGGAGCGUAUAAUGAUUGAAGCAAUUGACAAUUCCAGCAAGUAUUGGCUAAAACAUGUUACAUCCUUUGAUGUGGAAAACUCUUCUGAUUCACAACUCAAUCUGCCAAUUACUCCAAAAGCCUUCCAGCUUCAUUGCGUCAAGAAUGUUGCGAAUUUGCCUUUCUCUGACAAUCAUGCUCAUCAAAUUCUCUUUUAUUUCUAUCUGAAGCACAUGAAGCCUCAAUACGAAACCUGGAGCUAA